CAUUGAGCUAUUCAUGCAAGGCCACCGCUUCCCUCGCCACAUUCCCAUCGAUAUUCCGGCUGCCGCAUCCUCACCACCAUGGACUGAGCUUCCGGGAGAUGUAACGGCCGAUAUUCUGCGGCGGCUGGGGCCGGCGGGGAUGCUGCUUAUCGCGCAGCGCGUGUGUACCACGUGGUGGAAGGCUUGCAAGGAUCCCACCCUGUGGCGAGUCAUCGAUUUCUCCGACCCUAAUGAAAGGAAAUGCACCCUCAAGUACAUUGCCAUGUGCCGCCACGCAGUGGAUCGUAGCCAGGGACAGCUGCUCGACCUCACCAUUCAGUAUUUCGGCGACGACGCACUCAUGAACUACAUCGUUGAUCGAUCACCGAAUCUAAAACGCCUUAAACUUGGAUCUUGCUUUUACAUAUCAGGAUAUUGUGCAACUAGAAUGGCCGCAAAACUUGGCCAUUUGGAAGAAUUGCACCUUACUCUUAGACCAUGCAUUGGUGCUGCCGACAUUGAAGCUAUUGGCUAUUCUUGCCCAAUGUUGAAAUCAUUCUCAUGCAACGGAUUGAAGUACAAGUUUCCGACAUUGUUAAAAGGUGUUUAUUUACCCAUAUACUAUCGCAAUCUGUAUGCUUUUGCAAUCAGUAAAAGCAUGCCUAAUCUGCAGCAUCUUCAACUCUUUGCGCAUUGGAUCGAAAAUGAAGGACUUGAAUUGAUCCUUGGCGGCUGUCCGCGCCUCGAAUCUCUUGACAUCAGGCAAUGUUUUGAGCUCGAUCUUCGAGGGGAUUUGGGGGAAAGAUGCCAUCAGCGAAUGAAAGAGCUUAAACUCCCUAACGACUCCGUCAGUGAUGUACCGUGGCCUAAUUGCUAUGGUGGCGAUCCGUUUGAUCCUUCUACCCCCAUGGCUGAAUAUUACGUGUAUGACUAUCAUAAAGAAUAUGGAGAUUAUCAUGGACGUUACCACAACAACUUCAAUUGAUUCUUAGCAUGGUAGACGUAAAGGUAUCUUUCUUCUAUAUAUUUCAAGCUUAGUGGACAGUGGUGGUUUUGCUUUGAGUCUAUUUUCUAUUUAUCAAUAGAUCUUUAUGUCUUUAUUUAGUAGGCUCUGACGCUCUGCUAGCAUGAUUUUGUAGCUACAUAUUUUUAAUGCAUAUGAUAGUUGAGU